CAGUGCAAAGGUUCCUUAUUCGAGGAUUGUGUCUUAUCAGUAGGUGUAUAGUAACCUGGUAUGAUCACCAAUGUGCAUAUUGUUCUCGCUUUGUGUAGUGGCGUUUUCAACACUUCGUCGACCUCUCCGAGCCUUCUCUCACCUGAUCAGUUUGAACCCGCAUCGCCAGAGGACACUCAAAGGACACAUGUUGCCCGCUCAAGCACGUCAUCUCAAGAGAUGUCGGUAGUCAUUUUCGGCUUCCACCUGGCUCACGAGGGAAGGCUUCCGACCUGUUCGGGAAACCCAUCGUCGCCUCCCGUCUUCCUCUUCACGGUUCGGUUUGGGAGCGUGUAAGGAAGCACUUCCCGGAC